GUGCUAUUUCCUCUAUUUCAUCUGCAGCUGUAGCUGUUGACAAGAAGAGGACAAUCGCGUAAAAGACAGAAACGCCAAUUGUGCGUGAAAUUGCGCAAUCGUAUGACAUAUCAGCGACACCUAAUUAAAUCAGAAAGGCUACCGAUCCAGACGAACUGGUCGCUGAUUCGGAUUCAAGGUCAACAUAUUAUUUGGAAGAGCACGCAUGCGUUGAUCACAUAUCACAUGCAGCUGAAUGUUUAAACUGUUGCCGUGAGCUGUGUGAAGAAGAUAAGCUCACUCAGAGCGAAUCCGUUACUCGUGCGAAUUAGAAUAGCCUAUCACCACGACUGUCUCCUGUGUUGGAAGUAUGACCACGAAAGAUUUCAAAGACUCCCUUAUCAAACGUCAAAGGGAAGUAACAUAGACGUUUAUCUUCUGUAUUAGACAUGUUAAGUUUGGGAUUCUAACGAGCUCCGGUGUAGCAAAACAAAAACGACAUCGGGACCACAUUGGGUUGCAAGUGCCUAUUCUGAUACCUCGUGUGAUCAAGCAAAGGAAUGAGCGAUUUGCGAUUUUGGGACCAGUUAGAACCUGGCAGCUCCGAUGUGGACUGGUGUGAAGGCAAUUACUUGAUAUAUCCAAACAUUGCGGAGUUUUACAACACGAUCAGCAACAUCUUGUUUUUUAUUUUGCCACCUAUUUUGAUGUGGUUAUUCCGUCAAUAUGCCACACAUUACAACAGUGGAAUUUAUCUAAUAUGGAUUCUUCUGGUGGUUGUAGGUAUUGGGUCUACAUACUUCCAUGCCACUCUCAGCUUCCUGGGGCAGAUGCUGGAUGAGCUAGCCAUUCUUUGGGUGCUGAUGUGUGCCAUUGGAAUGUGGUUUCCCAAGCGAUACCUGCCGCGAGUCUUCAAGAAGGACAGGUCGCGCUUUAAGGUGGUGAUCGGCGUGCUGUCGGGUGUAACCACGGGCCUGGCCUUCGUCAAGCCCGUCAUCAACUCCGUGUCCCUGAUGAUGCUGGGCAUCCCCUGCACCGUGCUGCUGAUCUCCGAGCUCAAACGGUGUGAAAACUACCGUGUGUUUAAGCUGGGCCUGAUCUCAGGGUUCUGGUGGACGCUGGCGCUACUCUGCUGGAUCAGUGAUCGCAUUUUCUGUGAGAUGUGGUCCUCGGUCAAUUUUCCCUACCUGCACUGCGUAUGGCACAUCCUCAUCUGCCUGGCCUCCUACCUGGGCUGUGUGUGUUUCGCCUACUUUGAUGCCGUCUCCGAGGCCCCGGAGAGAGGCCCGGUCAUCCUCUUCUGGCCCAGUGAGAAAUGGGCCUUCAUCGGCGUCCCUUACGUCACCCUGCUCAACGCUCAAAACAAGUCCCCCAUCAAGACCACCUAGUGCACACGCUGCAGGCUGCCGGCUUCCAAGUGCUCUACCUCAGCUCGACCUCCUGGAGGUGCUCUGAGCUUUACAAAAACACUCACUUCUCCUCAGGGCUGGAAAGGGUUAAAGAACAAACCCUCCCCCACACAACUAUUGAUAAGCACAUAGAUGAGGCUGGGUAUGGUGUGGUUUCUGCACAAACACAAGUUCUCAUUUUUCUGUAGAUAAGAGACCUUUGGUCUGACUAUGAAGGGUUGGUUUUGUGGAGUGUUUUUUGCCGCAAAAGCAAUAUUGGUACAUUUAUAGGUACAUAUCAUUCUUUCAGGAAUGAAAGUUCAAAAACAUAUCAACUCAAAGGCAGGUAGUGUGCAUUAUUGAGGAAAAGGUAAAAUAAGCUCUAUUGGAGUUUAAGAGCAAUAUUGAAUUCUCAUAGAGAGAUAUUCAAAUGCAGUUGCCAAACAUUUUCCUUUACAUGUCAGAGAUUGUCUGGGAAAAAUUUAAAUCAGUUUACUUACCACUGCCACACCACAUUUGCUAUCGAAUUGUAUAUGUGUGCUCACAGUCAUUUGGCUAUGAGAAUUAGCCAAAUAUAUAAUGAAAAGCCAUUACAUGUGAUUUGCCAAAACAAUAUCUACUUUAUGCUCAGUUUGACCGUGGUGACAAGUGACAAGAAAAUUAUGUUAGAAUGUUUAAAAGUGGUUUAAAGUUAUAAUCCAUAAUUCAUAAUUCUGCACUUUGAUUUUUACCACGGCAAUGCUUUUGUUGAAUGUCCAGAUAAGUGUUUAGCACCCUGGCUUCUUCUCUGUCCAGGGGCCGACAACCUUCUCCACUCCACAGCAUAUUACCUGCUGACAUCUUGAUGCCAUAUCCUUAUACCAGUGGUGUAGGUAGUUGUUUAGCAUUAGAGCAGUUAUCUGAAGUAUUGUGUUGAUUGUUAGUUUGAAGAGGUUGGAGAUGUAUUAACCAUGCACAAGUUAUGUUUAUUUGCUAAGAAAUACCAGACGAAGUUUUUAAAUGAUGCGUAGAGCAGCAGUUUAUAAAGUCAAUGUAGUACAAAAAUAAUCUUAUUUACUCAUGUAUAUUAUUAUAAUAUUAUAAUUUGCGAUUGGUAUGCAACGACCAGAUGUCGUGAGAUUUGUUUGAGUGAACAUGCUUUUCUAUAUUUUGUAUAAUGUUAAGCUUUAUGAAUACGUUCAGAUAAAGGCCGUUGGAUUUCUUGUCCAGUGUGAAUAACCAGAUGUGCUGGAUGCCAUGUCACGUAAAUGUGAAUUCAUUUAUGUUAUUCUAUACAUAUUUAUCCUCCCAAGUGCGCAUGAGCACACGUCUACCCAGAGGCUGUAAUCCGUCUCUUGUUCUCCCCCUACUGGCAAUGAUAAGACGUUGUUGAAAAGAGCAAAGGGUCACUUUUUUAUUUUUAGCUACAUACUUCUUACAUCUCUGAGUGCCAUUGCGGCACCUCGCGUGCAGUGUUGUUACGUGUAUACAUAAAACAGUGUUAUGGGACACUACGCCACAUUUCAGUCGUAUAGACUUGAACAAGGAGGCCACAUGUUAUUUCAAUAUCAAACGUGACAAAUCACAUAGGCCUAACUUAGCCAAUUUAAAUAGGCUACUAUAGGCUACACUUGACAACACAACACACAAUUCAAACAUAUGUUGUGCCAAAGAGUAGAAGGACAAUGUCUUUGCCACAGCUGAAGACAUUUUUCGAAGGUAAAAUUGUGAAAGUAUAGGCGCAUUGUGUUUCUGUCUCAUGCAACGAUGCAAGACCGUUUUAAUUAAAAAGGAAGAGGGUAGGCCUAUAAUUUGCACAAUGCUUGUCUUUGCACUGGUAGCUUAAGGGAAAUCAUUUGUUAAAUUGUGAAAGUGCUCUAAAAUGUACCAUAUAUGAAUUUACUGUUUUUUGACAUGUUGAUUCUAUAAACAAACUUGCAAUAAAUUGUGUAAUAAAGAAAACAA